UUGAGCUUGGCUGCGAGCAGUACGGUUGUAGUAAGCUGCACAUACCCAGGGAUGGUCUUCCUUUAAUGCAUUUAAAUUAGACACAGAUGGUAAGGGUACAGUAGGGGUUUUAUUUAGGAACAGUGCACCAUAACUUGUUGAGCGAUGUCGACGCGGUCGGAGAGAGAGAAAGCCCAGAAACUGAAUGAGCAGCAUCAGGCCAUUCUGUCCAAAAUGCUCCGAGAGGACGACAACAAGCACUGCGCUGACUGCGAGGCUAAAGGUCCGCGAUGGGCGUCGUGGAACCUGGGGGUCUUCAUGUGUAUCCGCUGUGCUGGCAUCCACAGGAACCUGGGCGUCCACAUCUCCAGAGUCAAAUCUGUCAACCUGGACCAAUGGACCCAAGAACAGAUCCAGAGUAUGGUAGACAUGGGGAACAACAAGGCCAAACAGCUGUACGAAGCCCACCUCCCAGACACCUUCAGACGUCCGCAGACCGACCAAGCAGUAGAGUUCUUCAUCCGGGAUAAGUACGAAAGGAAGAAAUACUACGACCAGAACGGCCUCAAAACAGCUUCAAAGGAACGAGAGAAGAAGAAGAGAGAAAAGGACCCGGAGAAAGUGAACAGGCCAAGCUCCUCUGAGAAGUUUCCACAGAAGAAGGUGGAGCUUCAGACAGACUCCAGAGCCAAUCCCAGGAGGACCCCCGAGCCGGCCAUCGACCUGCUCGGCCUGGAUGCACCUGCAGGUGGAGCUGCAACCAGUUCUUCUGCUGUACCAGUCAGUGAUGAGGACAUCUUUGGUCCAAUGGUGUCCAACCCUCUGCCCUCCUCCAACAACCCCCAGGCGGUCUCCAGUGCAGCCCCAGGCGCCCCAGCAGUAGCGGCGUCCGCGGGGGGAUCGGGGGGUGCUGCUGGCCCCCAGGCUAAUCUAGAUCUCUUCAGUGAGAAGAACAGUAGCAGCACCAAGACGGAGGAGGGGGCCAAGAAACCCCUCUCCAAGGACUCCAUCCUCUCCCUCUACAGCAACACCACGGUCAGCCCACAGCCUGCUGCCCCAGCUGCUGCUAUGUAUAUGGGCCAGCCUCCGAUGCAGCAGUUCCCCAGCCAGCCCUCCGUACAGCCUAACUUCCAGACUUACCCAGGAGCGCCACCCACAACCAUGACGGCCUGUGUUAUGCCCCAGGGAGGAGGAGCCAUGAUGGGGCAGAACUCUGGCAUGAUGGUCGGUAUGGCGAUGCCCAACGGCGGUUACAUGGGUAUGCAGCAAGGCAUGAUGGGGCCUCCGGGCGGAGCUAUGCCAGCGGGGGCGGGGACUCCCCAGAUGUACGCCGCCAUGCAGCAGCAACAGCAGGGCCAGUGGAAUGUGAACCAGAUGACCCAGCAGAUAUCGGGCAUCGCCAUGAGUGGUGGUGUGGCAGCGCCACCCGGCUUUGUUCCACCAGGUGCUCCCAUGGGUGGGGGGGUGGGUCCUCCCUCGGGCCAGACCCUCAGUACCCAGCUGUGGAAGUGAGGGAGGGGAGAAUGGGAGAGGGAGGCAGAACAACCAUGUCACCCCAAAUCUCCUCCUUAACCCUCACUCACCAACUGCAAAACAGGAAACAACACACAUGGGGUCAAUCUAUGGACUGCUCCACUGUUCUCCCUCCUCUCCGUUUAUCAUUCCUUUAGAGACCCCUCUCUCCCUCUGUGUGCUGAGGGUCAAAGGGCAAGGGGGCGGAGUCUCGGGUGAAAACAGACUGGCAGCUGUGUGUUCAUCUUUUUACUUGGGACUUUUACUUUCUUCUUCUUUUGACCUUUUUUUCUUUUGUUAAAAAAAAACAUAUUGGUGAAAGAGAAAAGCUGCUGGACCAAUAAUACAAGCGUCUAAUAAUAAUAAUAUAUCAUUACCAAAACCGAUAGUGAGUAAAUAGAUAUUUAAAUAGGGAGAUAUGGAUAACAUGUUGGUGACCACCCCACCCCCCCAAUCAAUAUCAUGUGUGUAUAUUAUACUGUACUCCCCUCUGUGCAUUCAGAGCUCCUGUAGCAAGACAUUGUAUGAUCCAGUACUGUAUUACUGUAUGUGUGUGAGAUAUAGCCCCCCCCCCCCAGUGAGGUUGUGUUCUGCCAUCUUACUGUGGUGUUUUGUUGUGUGCAGAACAAGAAGAAGCACAGAUCUGUCUGAUUGACACUAUAAAGCCAAGCCGUACUGGGCUGGCCUGGUUACGCAUCCACCAUAGUUGCUGGAAAUGACAGUGAAAAGACUAUAUUAUCUGAGCCAGCACAGUAUGGUUCGGGGUGGCCAUUUAGUGUGAAUCAGGCAUUAGUUUGAGGCAAAUAAACCUGGACUACAGUCGGUGGGCCAGGGAGCUUACAUGAAAUGGGAGGGGGAGGGGACCAGAAUACGACGAAGAAAGAGAUGAUGCCAGUGGUGACAUAAAGCUCCAGAUGAUUCAGGAAGUGUGUUGACAUUGGGAGCCUAAUGGAGCUGUCAGGGAUUGGAACAGUUGGCUUAACAUCACGUGUGCUUACUUCCUGGCCUCUAUGAUGACAUAAAGCAGGAUUAGACAGAGAUUAUGUCAAUUUAUAGAUUCUAUAGUGGGGAAAGAAAGUGAAGAAAUACUGCAGGGGGAAAUAGGUGGUGCACUAGGAAUCAACAAACAAUAGAUCAAACACAGACAUUCCGUGUUUAGUGUAGUUCUAAGUUGGAGAUUCUAUCCACAUAGAAUCACAUAGAAUCACACUGCCAUGUGAUAACAAGAGAACACACACACUCUCUCACACACACACACACAAGAUAAUUCAUACACACAGCAUGUCCUCCAGGUUUAUUUCUAGUGGUGUUUACAUUUUCUGGUGCCUAGUACAGAGAGAAAUGUUAUUUCCGUGCAUUAAACAGUGAAUAGCCAUGAACUAUUGUGACCAUUUUUGUCGAAUGACUCUUUUAUUGUGAAGUUGUUUUUUCUUUUCUUUUUCCUGCUUUUACAAGAGGGUCAUUUGGAAUAAAAGUUGUACUCCUGGA